AUGGCUAUGUUUAAAGAAAUAACUUGGCUAGAAGCACAUGGGAAGAUCAGGCAACAUAUGCUUUCAUCUACCCUUACAUAUGACGUAUUGUUUGAACUUCUGAUAAAGCCUUAUGUCACUGGAUUUAUUAAACCUACUACCUUUGCAUUAACCUUCCCAAAAGCAGCGAAAGUUGUGAUCAAAGAAAACCUCGAAUCUAGACCACGAAGUAUUUGGUUUACGAUCAAAGUGGGGGAAAUCAAGGUCGAAGAUAAACAUGAUUGUGACAGUGACAAGGAGUACGAGUUUAGCAUGUAUAACCACAGCGAGGAUCGAAAAUCGGGAUUGAUCUUUAAAGGUAUUCACAUUCGACCAAAGCAACCAAGUUAUGGAAGCUCUAGUUAA